AUGCCGAGUCUGCCCUGUAAAAAGAAAUCAAAACAGAAGGCCAAGAAAGCGAACGAGUCGAAUCAAAAAGCGGAGACGAAAAAAGAAGAAGAAAAUCGAGAACAAAUCGUAGACUCGAAAUCCCCGCCAUCAAAAUCCAUUCAGUCAUCAAAAUCUCCAAGCCAAGCUCAUCCAAAAAUCAUCACCAAAUCCGAAGAAGGUUUUAAGGAGAUCUUGAUCACUUGCAACUACGGAUCGGAGACAAAGGAUAAACGAAAACGAAAAAUGUUUUGCAAACUGCCGAAAUUUUUUCUUUAUGACAAAGCCGAUCAGGAAAGUAGUCAGGUGAUUCGAAUGAUCUUCUCGAUUGCGAAUAUUCCGUACGAGAUGAAAGAAGUCGAUGAGAUCACGAUUCAAGAUCUUCCACUCCGAAGUGUGCCAGUGUUGGAGAUUGAUGGAGCUAAAAUCGGAAACGCUACCACAAUUUGUCGACAUUUGGGAUGGAGAUUUGAUCUUUCCGGUCAAACAGCGCUCGAAGAUUCGAUGGUUGAUAUGAUCGCUGAAACGAUUCACGAAGCAAAACAAAAACUUCAACCCUGGCUCGAUCAUAUCGAAUACAAAAGUAUCGACUAUUCAAAGCCAGAGUGCUCGGAUCGAUACGCGUUAGAGUAUCUAGACGGUUAUUUGGGACCGAUCAUUGAGAAUAUUUUACUUAAAAGUGGCUCAUCGUGGCUUAUUGGACAUAAGAUGACAUGGGCUGAUCUAAUGGUGGCUUCUUUAUUCAACUCGAUCAUCUAUCAUCGACCAAAUUUCUUCCACAGCUAUCCAAACAUUUAUUUGCAUAAUAAAAAGGUAGCUGAACUGGAAUCCCUCGAGGGAAUGUUGUAUUGUGUGCGGGAUCGAAUGGUCGAUGUUUCCCUCUUUCGUCAUGUCAAACCACUCUCCACGACGAUCACGCAAAAAACGAUUCCCGAAAGUCAGCUCACCGCAUGCACU